AUGAAUCUAACGACCACGGCAGUAUUUUUUCUAAUUUUGUCGUCAUUUAUCAACGUAAUCUCUUCGGAACAACAGUUUGUUCCAAGUUAUCUACGUGAACAGAUACGUCAAGCACAUACAUUUGCCGAUUUGCUUUCAGUAACAAAACUUACUUACGCGAACCAUUUACUGAAAAAUAAUAAUAAGGCGUUGAGCUCAAAUGAUCAGCACGGAUUACAACUAGCUCAGAUAAAACGUAAAUCAGAACAAAACGGAAACAUGAAGUUAAAAGCGGCAUCUAUAACUUUUUCAUCUCAAGCAGAGCCUGAAAUGAAUCUGGAUGCUGACGGAAAGAGCAUUUUUAUGCAGAGUUAUCCACUGCAGAUAGCUCUGAAAAUAAAAAAACACACCCUCAUAAAAUCAUGUCUUCAUUUAGCCGAGACGAAAAAAAAUUUGGAUAUACUGAGUACAAUUCGCCAAGGCAAAGACAUGUGCGGAUUGCAAAGUGCUUGCAUCUCAAUCCAAAAUGAAAAUCUCGACCCUGCUGUAUUGGUAUUUCCCAGAUGUUACGAAGUAACGCAAUGCGUUGGGUCCUGUUGUGAAUCUGCUGAACGCUGUCACCCAACUAGUAGUGAAUACAUCGAAAGACCAAUCAUCGAAAUGCUCUAUUCUGGCAAUAAUCUCUUCGUAAUCAACCAAACCCGAAACAUAACGAUUGAACAACAUACUGGUUGUAGCUGUCAAAUGUGCACCACACAACGGGGUAACGCGAUUAGAUGUUCCCAGAAGAAAAUUAUCGAUUCUGACUGCAGCUGUCAAUGUGCAAAUAAACAAGAUAAGCGUGAAUGUCAAGGUCCACAUAAGAUAUGGAAUGACAACACGUGUACCUGCAACUGUGUCAAAAAGAAAUGUUAUGGUAGAAGUGAGCUGGAUCGACGAACAUGCUUAUGUCGCCAUCGAAGCCAUCACCAGCAUUAUGCGGACCCAGAUAAUUUGGGGAAUUUUCAACCAGACACAUCGGAACUGCAAGCAAUUCGUCUAGAUCACAUGCAAUAUCUAGAGGAAUCAACUUACUCAUGUAAAAUGCAAAAUUACGAGAAGUUAGAAAAAAUUGGGGAAGGAACCUAUGGCAUUGUUUUCAAGGCCAAAAACAAUGAUACUCAAGAAAUCGUAGCUUUGAAAUGUGUUCGUUUGGAUGAUGACGAUGAGGGUGUUCCAAGUUCCGCACUCCGUGAAAUAUGUUUGUUAAAAGAGCUUAAGCAUGAAAAUAUCGUACGAUUAUAUGAUGUGAUCCAUAGUGAACGUAAACUCACAUUAGUUUUUGAAUAUUGUGACCAAGAUUUGAAAAAAUAUUUUGAUUCAUGCAAUGGCGAAAUCGAUCCUCAAAUAGUGAAAUCUCUCAUGUAUCAAUUGUUACGUGGACUUUCAUUUUGCCACUCACACAACGUUUUACAUCGUGAUCUGAAACCUCAAAAUUUAUUGAUAGAUAGUAACAUGCAAUUAAAACUAGCUGAUUUCGGAUUAGCUCGUGCUUUCGGUAUACCUGUCAGGUGUUAUAGUGCUGAGGUUGUCACAUUGUGGUACCGACCACCUGAUGUUCUCUUUGGUGCCAAGCUUUAUAACACCUCAAUUGAUAUGUGGUCUGCUGGAUGCAUUUUUGCUGGUACCUUAUCACGUUGGCUGAAAAUAGCAAAUGCUGGAAGACCACUUUUCCCAGGUGCUGAUAUUGAUGAUCAGUUGAAGAGGAUUUUUAAGAUUCUCGGUACUCCUACAGACGAUACAUGGCCGUGUAUUUCGUCACUUCCAGACUAUAAGCCAGUUCCUCUCUAUCAUCCUUCCAUCACUUUGGGACAAGUGGUACCAAAUCUUUCAACACGUGGACAUGAUUUGCUUCAGAAGCUUUUAGUCUGCAAUCCAGCUUGCCGAAUUGAUGCAGAUGUUGCGCUACAUCAUGCAUACUUUAACGACAUGAUAGAAUAA